GUCUCAGAUGCUCAGAAAGCAACUGGCUCAGAUAGACAGAGUUUGACUCCUCACCUGGGAUCAGGGAGCUGAGUUCUCUUUCUCUACAUCUGAGUUGGUGUUUCCAUUGUGAAAGAUGAUGCUUUCAGACCUUCUGUUGGCCACGGAAAGGCUCAGGAGUGAGAAGAAGUUUCUUAGCAAUAUGAUUAUCAAACUUAUUGGAGAGAACCAGCAGCUGUUGGGAGAAAACAAACAAUUCAGAGAAGAGAUCAGAAGUUUGCAAUAUCCACAACAAUAUACAAGAAGAAUGAUGGAUGUGAUGGAGAUGGAAGAUAGCCGGAAGAGCAAGAAACCAAAAGUGAUCAAGCAACAACAGGAGGAGCUAUGUGUUUCUAGAAUGUGUGACUGUCGGCUUGCCAGUCAACGAGACAGCCUAAGGACAACCAUGGUUCAUCCCUCGAUAGCCUGCUGUGAUUCUGCUCUGACCUCUGAUUUUACCAGGACUCCUCAUAGCACAGCAUCCGAGUCUUAUGUGGAGCAUGAAUUGGAAAGAGUUCCAAAGACACACCUGCAGUAUUGGGAAAAGAAGAUGGGAGAGAAAAAAGGAGAUAUUUUCAAGGAACAACUACAUAUACUUGAGACAAGAGCAGCUUUGUUAGAACAAGGAAAGCAUAUCGAGAGACUUCAAAUGAAAAUAAAUCGCCUACAUGAUGAAUUCAGAAAUACUGGGCUACAAGGUACACGACAGGUAGAGGCAUGGAGGAAGGACCACUGUGGAUCUUGGGUGUGUGAAGUAGACAUUGAUCACUUAGGAUCACAAAUGAACAAAGCUGGCAAGAGAAGUUAUGUAUACAUAUGGCAAACAAGUACAAAUGUUAAAAAAACAGAUGAAGACUCAAAAAGUGCAAAGAAAGAGACUGAAAUACUUGGAGAAACGAGUCCUGAAGUCUGUCAGUUGCUCAAAACUAACCUAAGCAAUGGAUGGUUAGAGGCUUCCUUAAACAACCUCAAAAAGGGUGAUUUUAAAGUAGCUGGAGAAAAUGUACUGGGAUGGCUUCGAGCAACCAUAGAAAACCUCAAAGAAAAAGAUUCUAAAGCAUCAACUCAGAGUCUUGAAGAAUGGCUUAAAGAAUCCUUUAAAAACCUUGAAAUUAAAUGUCCCGAAGCAUCCAGAAAGGAUGUGAAGGAAUGGCUGGAAAUAUCCAUAAGUCACCUCAAAGAGGAAGGACCUGACACAUCAUAUCUACGUGUCCAGGAAUGGCUUGAGACAUCCAUGAAAAGCAUCCAGGAAUUGAUUGAGACAUCUAUAAGUAGCCUCCCAAAAGAAGGCCCAACAUCUAGAGCAGAAUCCAUUCAAAGCAUUGCAAAGGGGAUGCCAGAAGCACCUGGACAGGCUGUGGCAAUGUGGCUUGAAUCAUCCAUGCAAAAUAUUGCAGAACAAUGCCUUGAAGCAGUUAGAGAAGAUGUGAAGACAUGGCUUGAAUCAUCCAUUACAAACCUCCAAGAAAAAAAUAAAGAAAUAGCUCAUCCAAUUGGACAGAAAAGCCGUGAAGCAUCCAUUAAAAGCAGCCAAGAAAGUCUAGAAAUCCCCCAUCCAAUUGGACAGAAAAGCCGUGAAGCAUCCAUUAAAAGCAGCCAAGAAAGUCUAGAAAUCCCCCCUCCAAUUGGACAGAAAAGCCGUGAAGCAUCCAUUAAAAGCAGCCAAGAAAGUCUAGAAAUCCCCCCUCCAAUUAGACAGAAAAGCCGUGAAGCAUCCAUUAAAAGCACCCAAGAAAGUCUAGAAAUCCCCCCUCCAAUUGGACAGAAAAGCCGUGAAGCAUCCAUUAAAAGCAGCCAAGAAAGUCUAGAAAUCCCCCCUCCAAUUGGACAGAAAAGCCGUGAAGUAUCCAUUAAAAGCACCCAAGAAAGUCCAGAAAUAUCCCAUCCAAGUAGACAGAAAAGCCGUAAAGUUUCCAUUAAAAGCUCACCAGAAAGUAUAGAAAUACCCCCUCCAAUUGGACAGAAAAGCCGUGAAGCAUCCAUUAAAAGCACCCAAGAAAGUCCAGAAAUAUCCCAUCCAAUUGAACAGGAAAGCCCUGAAGUUUCCAUUAAAAGCUCACAAGAAAGUAUAGAAAUACCCCCUCCAAUUGGACAGAAAAGCCGUGAAGUGUCCAUUAAAAGCACCCAAGAAAGUGUAGAAAUACUCUAUCCAACUGGACAGGAGAGGCGGAAAUCAUCCCUUAAAAGCAUCCAAGAAGGUAGCAGAGAAAUAUCCGAUUCAACACUGCGGGAGAAUAUUGAAGCAUUUCUUGAAAGCAAAAGUGCUGAAGUACCUCUUCAAAGGCAACAGGAUGUGCUGGAGCGGCCUGUAGGAUCUUUGAAAACCCUUGACAUGGAAGGUCCUGGGGAAUCCAGAAAGGACUUGCGGGAGGAGGCCAAAAAAUCCACAGAUACCAUCCUAGGAAAGGAACCAGAAGCAUCCAGGCAGGACCAGCAGGAACUCCUAAAAAUAUUAGUUGAGAAACAUGAAGUGAAAGGCCCUGCAAAUGAUGUGCAAGAAUGGCUGAGUAAAUCUAUAAGAAGUGUCCAAAAUGCAGCCUGCAGAAUCAAAGUGCAAAAAUGGCUUGAAGAUACUUUAGAAAACCUUGAAACAGCAGGCUCUGAUACAGCUAGACAAAGCCUACAGGAAUGGCUUAAAGCAUCAAUACAGCUUCUUAAAAAGGAAGGUCCUCAAGACUCCAUAGGUAACGUAGAGGGAUGGCUUGAGCAAUCCAUAGAAAACCUCAAACAGGAAGCAUCCAGACUGUAUAUUCAAGAAUGGCUUGAAGAAUCCCUACAAUAUCUCCAAGAGGAAGAUCCUGGAUUAUCCAAACAAGAUGUGAUGGAAUGGGUUGAAAAAUCUCUGCAAAGCCUGAAUGAAAUAUGCCCUGAACCAUCUAGGGAGGUUGUGAAGAAGUGGCUUGAAAGCUCGCUCAAGAGUCUCCGUGACUCCCCGCAGGACCUGCAGGACCUGCAGGACUUCUUAGAAUCAUCUGUGUCCAAGAUUAGGAAAGAAAGUAUUGUUGCUUUUAGGGAAAGCAAUAUGGAUUGGCUGCAAGUACCCGAGUGGACAGCGAACAUUCAAGAUUCCUCAGAGAAAAUGCAACGUAACAUAUCCAGGAAAAGUAUAUACCAAGAAGAACCUGAAGAACCUAACGAAGAACCUGAAGAAGACAUCACAAGUCAAAUAUUAACUCCUGAUCAAGAAGAAUUUGAAGUGCCUAGAGAAAUUCAAGUAAAGCAGCAUUUGACCAUCAUUUGGGAUCUUAUAUCCUUGUACAGAGAAAACCCUUUUCAAUUGCUCAAACACAUCCUGAUCCUGAUAAGUCUCAUAGUGCUGAUAAGUUUUCUCCACAAACAAUACAGAAAAUGCUGUGUUCCAUGUUUAUUCCGUGACGGUCUCAGACCUCUCUAGAUGUGCCGGAAUAGAAAAUUACCUUCUGAAACUUUCAAAAAAUUUAAAAGCAAAUAAAUAAAAACAAUAACAAAC